GAAAACCAGGCAGUAAGCAGCGAGAAAUCCCAAAUUAAGUGCCGAGUACAAAUGGUGUGGAAUAACGAAAAAGACAAAACACUCUUGAAGGAGAUGGCUGCAGAAGGGGUGAUGAGAAAAAAACCCAAGUCAAGGGACAGAGGAACAUCAUGGGAAAAGGUUGUCAGCAACUUGAAUUCUUCUGCAGAGUUUGAGGUGUCACAAAAGUCACUUCGUGAUCGUUAUAAGCUCCUGGCAAAAAAAUAUAAAAAUAAGAUGAGAAAGGAAGAGAGUUCUACAGGUGGUGGGGGUGAUGGGCCAAAUGAGCUAGAAAGUUUAUUGCAAGAUUUAAUAGAGAUGGAGGAGGAUGCAGAACAACGAGUGACAGAUGAGAAUGCAGAAAAGCAAAAUACUAUCGAAGCUGAUAGAGCAAAGGCCAUGGAGAUGCGACAAAGGGCGAUGGAGAGCUUUGGCGAAACAAGAGAAAGGCUUCAGGAGAAUGACAUACAUGUACCAAAAAAGAAACGAAGAUCAAACAGAGAAGGCAUGCAUGCUUUGGAGAAAGCCAUCGAGUGGAAACAAAAAAAUGAUGAGGAGGAACGCAAAGCAAAGGCUGAAGAACGACAGCAGCAAUUGGUUAUGCAAGAGGCAUUUAUGCGACAGCUGGAGGCAACCCAACAACAACAAACCGUUCAGUUUAAAUUAACUGAACAGCAGCUGCUCAGUACAAUACAUCAGCAACAGCAACAACAACAACAACAAGUACAGCAAUUUGCUGCAAUGCAGGAAAACAUGGUACGGAUGAUGGAACAGCAGCAAAGACAGACUGAGCUAAUUCUUGAGCUUUUCAGACAGUCAAACAACAAUUAA